AGGUUUUUGUACAAAAUGAAGUAAAAAAUUACUUAAAGACUGUAAAAAAUUAAUUACCAUUUUACGCUAUGCUAUCGUAACUUUCUCAGUUUCUGAAUUAUUCAUAUUUCCUUAUUACUAAAUUAACUUCAGGUUUUUCCGUACAGAUGUUGUAAUCUAUUGUCCUUUUUAUGACGAUGGAAACCAUCUCCAUCUUAUGUACGGUUAUAAAGGUCUAUGGGAAGUCAGAUAAGUCACUCGGAAAGAAAUUGUUAUUCAAGAUGGAUUAUUGCUUAUUAAUUUUGAUAAUGUGUCUCGCUCUACCGUUCCCACAGACAACAUCAAAACCUAUAACCAUCUACACAUCUGAACCUAUUAAAUUAGAACAAAUUACUAAAAAAGAACCAGAACAUAAGACUGAGUCUCCCAUACACGCCUUCAUCCAAGCCUUCAUGACCGCGAAACCGGAAGAGAAGAAAAAACCGGAAACGCCCGCGCCGACUGUACUGCCUUACUACAUGUUAUACCCAUACUACGGUUUGCUGGCAAUGCGACCAGCGCCGGUAGAACCAUCUCCUCCACCUUUCUUCUAUAGAUUUAGAAUGCUUUAUAAUUUAUUCGGUUAAUAUUUAUAAUGAAUGUUGUUGUUCGAUUUUUAUUUAUUUUUUAAUACUUUAAGAAACUCUAAAGUGAACUGUAAAAUGUAGAAACGUAUAGUAAAACUUAUUUAAUGAAUAAAUCAAAUCGUUACUUAUUUAA